CAGGAAAGAUGCCCGCAUCGCAAACUGGAUUUGGCAACUUCUUCUUGGAGAGGAACAUCAGCAUGCCGGCUGGAUACCAGAUCCCGGUGCUGGGAUGCUCACCGGGUGUGCAACAGCAGCAAGCUCAGCAUCUGGCAGCCAUGGCAGCUGGGGUUCCCUUAACAUACUCAGGACUACAGGGAUACAACUUCAUCCCAUAUCCGCACCACAGGCACAUCGCACACAUGAACAACGGUUUCGACUUGAAGGCCGCCUCUCCCUACCAUCACGCGCUCCUGGCUCGCGGGGGACCUUUCUACCCGCCCUACCGUCCGGGAGCAGCCGAGGAUCCCGGUAGGGUCACCAAGGUGGCCACUCGAGAGAGCACCGGGGCACUGAAGGCCUGGCUGAACGAGCACCUGAAGAACCCGUAUCCGACCAAAGGCGAGAAAAUCAUGCUCGCCAUCAUCACCAAAAUGAGCCUCACGCAGGUCUCCACCUGGUUCGCAAACGCAAGGCGACGCCUGAAGAAGGAGAACAGGGUCAGCUGGGCGUCUAAGGGGAAAUCAGAUGAGGAGGACGAGGAGCAGGAGGGGGAGAGCGACGAUGACGACAGCCCCUUGCAGACAUGUCAUUUGGAUGAGCGGGUUGAGGAAGAGCCUCAAAAUGACCGCGCAGACGCCGACGAGCACGACCAGAGCGCACUGGAAAGCGCAGCACCUGUGGAUGCGCGCCUGGAGGUGCCGCAGCAGCCAAGCCGCCAGCUCGAAGACAGAGAGGUUGCACUUGUCAAGAAAGUUGAAAAGAACGACUCUGAUCACACGCCAUCCGCUUUGGAAAGUAAAGAAAACAUCUCCAGUCAAAAACCCAAAAUCUGGUCUUUGGCAGAGACCGCCACCUCAGAGACUGUGAAGAAACCGCUGGACAAUAUUUAUCACCCGGCCGGAAAACUGUGGGCUGACUGGGCUUCCAGAAACGGACUGUUUGUUCCCUCGUGUUACACCACUCAUGAAAUUGUCUAAGCGGGUAUUUAGACAGAAACUAGAGACAUUUUCCACAUCUUUUUGCACUUUAAAUCUUCCAGACCUCAGGGAUUUCCUGACGUUUGCAAUGAAAUGAGAAUCUGUUCUGAGACCAAAGACUAACGUUGUGUUACUGUAAAUAAAUGUAGAUGUAUUUUUCCAACAACUUGUA